AUGGCACAACAUGGCGAGCUCAAGAAACUCGGCGUUACAGCACCUAUCAGUGUCGAGUCCCCCAAGCCAGAUGACCUCAAGUCGAGCGACGCCCUCAUGGCGGACCUUGUCCAGCUGAACCAGUUUGAGUCGGAGCGCGAGCGGAAAGUUCGCGAGAAACUCCUCUCCAGCAUCCAGCAGCUCGUCACCAAGUUCGUCCAUGACGUCUACAUCAAGCAGGGGAUGUCUGAGAAGGUAGCGAGCGAGGCGGGCGGCCGCAUCUACACAUCUGGUUCUUAUCGACUUGGCGUCCAUGGACCUGGCUCCGAUAUCGACACCAUCUGCGUAUGUCCGCGCGACAUUUACCACGAGCACUUCUUCAAUGAGUUCCAGCAGAUGUUGCGCGAUUGGCCCGCUGUCACGGAGAUUUCAGCUGUCUCUUCGGCAUUCGUGCCCGUCAUGAAGACGGUUAUCUCGGGAGUGGAGGUCGAUCUUCUCUUCGCUCGCGUCAACUUGCCAGAGGCGGGCGACAAACUGGACAUUGAGAAGGACGAGAUUCUGCGCGGCGUUGACGAUGCGUCGCAGCGAAGUCUCAACGGCCCCCGAGUCACAGACAUGAUUCUCAACCUCGUACCCAACGUCGAAACCUUCCGCACGGCGCUUCGAAGCAUUCGUCUCUGGGCGAAGCGACGAGGCAUCUACUCAAACGUCCUCGGUUUCCCGGGCGGUGUAGCGUGGGCCCUCCUCACCGCGCGUAUCUGCCAAUUAUACCCGAACGCCGCACCGUCGACAAUCGUGUCAAAGUUCUUCCCGAUCUACUACCAGUGGGGCUGGCCGCAGCCUGUGCUUCUCAAACGCAUCGACUCGGGACCCCCCAACAUGACCCACACUGUGUGGAACCCAAGAACUGACCGCCGUGACAUGGCACACCGUAUGCCCGUGAUUACGCCGGCCUACCCCUCAAUGUGCUCGACGCACAACAUCACCGCGUCGACAAUGACGGUGAUCAAGAACGAGAUGCUGCGCGCAAUGCAGAUUACCGACAAGAUUGUGUCCAACCCAGGAUCCUCGUGGGUGGAGCUCUUCGACAAGGUCGACUUCUUCGGCCAGUAUAGGAUAUACGUCCAGGUCAUCGCUGCGGCGUCGACCGCGGAGGGCAUCAAGGACUGGAGCGGUAUGGUCGAGUCGCGUAUCCGCACACUAGUGCAGGACCUGGAGAUGACCGACACGGUCCUCCUCGCCCAUCCACAGACUGGCGGAGUGUCUAACACGUUCAUCUGCCUCACUGAAGAAGAGCAGGCAGCCGCCUCUCAGGGCGAGCUGAGCGUCGAGGCAAUGAAGCGCAAGGAGGAGGACUUUGUCGGGCAAGACUAUAAGAUGGUGUACACCAAGAACUUCUUCAUUGGCCUUGACAUCGAGAAGAAGCCUAAGGGCGCACAGGGUGGCGGCCGCAUCCUCAACCUCUUUUACCCUAGCAAGAGGUUCUGUGCGGCAUGCCAGCAGUGGGACAAGUACGAUGAGCAGGAGAUGAGUGUCAUCCUUCGGCCAGCCAGGCGCUCUGACCUCCCAUUCUACGUCUUCCCUGACGGCGUGCCCAAGCCGAAGAAGAAGGGAAAACGCGAGAAGGUGGCGACCGAGUCUGGCACAGAAGAGCAGCCUGACGGGAGCGGACAAGGUCCAGCAAAGCGCUCGAAGUCGGCUGGCGGUAUGGAGGAAACGGACGAGGCGGCGCCUGCUGCUGCUGCUGACUGUUUGUCUGGCGCAGGUAACACCGGUGAAGAACCCACACCAAACAACGCCGGCCCCUCCCCAGUUGAAGUACAGACGCCUACUGGCCUUGAUCACGCUGCGUCUCCAUCCAAGGUCGCCCAGGCGUCGUUCACCAGCACAGCCAAUGGUGCCGCUGAGGCGACCAAUGAUGGCGGCAAAGCUGUGCUUAACGGCGCAUAG